UAUAAGACUGUCUUCCCAGGACUAUUCAGUCGGACCCAACCACUAUGGAACUUGAACUGAAGAAUGCUGAUCUGAAAAUUGGAGACAAACUGAAAAUUAAGGGAGAAAUUCUGCAUGAUGCUGAGAGAUUCCAGAUUGACCUUGGCUGUGACUCUGAUGACCUCGCUCUGCACUUCAACCCCCGUUUCCAUGACGAUGCUGAUGGCGCCGUCCUUGUGUGUAACACAAAGACUGCUGGCUGUUGGGGCGAUGAGAAACGGGAAAUACACAACCCCUUACAGCGGGGCUGUGAUGUGAAGAUUGAGCUGAAGCUGUCUGGAGACAUGUUUGAAGUGGAGCUUCCCGAUGGAGAGGAAGUCCAGUUUCCUAAUCGUGUUGGUAUGGACGUCAUCAGCUACGUCCGAGUGGCAGGAGACUUCAAACUGACGAGCUUCAAGAUCUGCUAAGGGACAAAUCUCCUGUAAUACAUGCAUGCUGUGUUCACGGCUCGAUUCAAGUUAAUUCUGACAUGCAGCGAGGUAUUGUAGGAGAUGUCGGUCAUAAACAGCUGCAGGUGUGUGUAUUAUAAUGUAUCUUUAACUGAAAUGUCCUAUUGUUCAAACUAAAGUAAUAAAGGAUCAAUUACAAGUGUUUUACUUUGUCACUAAAAAGUUGGGGAGAAAUUUGGACUUCGAGAAAGAUGGAAAUAAUGCUAUGAUAAAUCAGUCACACAUUUUCAAUCUCUUUAAAAAUAUAUGGUUAAAUGGAUCUUUAUUUGUUUCUAUCAUUUCUGUAUUUGAUAAAACAACGAUUUUGAACCUUUCAGAAAACAGUGACACACAGCUGAACAAUUAUGUGAAAAACCACCUCCUUUACUAUAAUAUACAAACACUCCACUGAUUUUAAGAUUUUGGCUUUGUGGUGUUCCAUAAAAAAAUAAUUUCUCAAAAAUGAUUUGUUUUGAUUUUAAGUUUAUUAGGUUAAAGAUUAUGUUGUUUCAUGCAUACAUGGCAUAUCAUUGAUGAGAGCAUUAAGUGUUGAAUAUAACAUGACAAAGAAAAACACAUUUUAAUUGAACAAUAACUAAACAUUCAGCAAAAUGAAAAUUACAACAAAUCAGAUAUAAGAAAAAUGCAACAAUUCAGAUCAUUCUAUUAAAAUCAAUGAUAAUUCCAAUAAAUUGACGGUCCUGUCAAGUCAAUUUAGUUUAUACUUCAAAUUACUGGACAUUCACAAGAUCAAUGUUUUUAUACAAUCAAAGUCUCUAAUUUAUCAUUCUGAUUUAU